AUGGCUCGAAAACGCGCACACAAGAGACUUCACAAGGGCUACAUGCUGAGCGAUCUCAACAUUGACACGCCAAAGCCAGAGACGGCACCAAAAGAGCCUGAGUCACCUGUCACUCCACCAUCUGAACAGAAACCCUUCCGCUUGCUCGAUCUGCCAGACGAGCUGGUAUUGAAAAUCCUCGAAUUCGCCGUCGUCCACAGUACCCGGGCAAGCCCAAUCCACGUCAACUCCUCCAUCACACAAGACGAAGACAUCUCCGCCGAAGAACUUCGCCACCGCGCACUUUCCGGCCGACCAUACAAAAAGCGUACCUGGGCCUUGGUCCAACCAGCAAUCACUCGAACCUGCCGUUUCUUACGAACAGAAGGAACGAAAACUUUCUAUCAAAGCAAUCACUUCUUCUCCGACAGUUCGACCGACGGCAUCGAAGGACUGAUGAAAUGGCUGAAAUGUCUCUCGGAUCAACAGAUUUCGACGAUUCGACGAAUGUACGUGCAAUGGGUACAGGAUUACGAUCAUUUCAAUUUGAUCACCGAUCUGCCGCUCCACGAUCUGAGAUGGAAGCAUUUCUCAUACGAGGUUGAGUGGCUGCUUGAUCAUGAUGCGAUGGAGUCUUUGCCUUUUCAUGUUUAUUUCAAGAUUCGAGACGGGAUACCGGUGAUGUCUCAAAACUUCCCGGCUUGCAGGUGGUCGUAUUCUAGGAUGUCGAGGACGUUGGAGACGCCGUGCUAUGAGUUUGGGUUUGAACCGGAAGGUGCGAUUCGGAGGGAUGGAGAUCAGUGGUUGCUUGCGAAGGUCGUGGCGGAGAUGGUGAGAGACGAUGAGGAGAUGUGUUGGGUGGGAGUAAGGAAAGAGUGA